CGUAAAUCAUAUCAAGAAAUUGAUUUGAUUCUCCACUAUAUAUUAUUAAUAAUCUCUUUUGACCAGUUUUAGCUAAAACUAUAAUACUAAGAAGCCAAAGAUGAAUCAUCGUCUCGCCGGAAUAAUUAGCCCACUUGGCCACAUUACUACAGAUCCAAUUCGUUCCUCCUCCGUGAACCCUUCGUCUCCGGUUUACUACAAAACCAUUGUUAACCAUUUCAAAUCUCAAACCGGUAACCACGUUUCACCUGGGCUUACCAAUCAAGAGAUCUCAGCCGUUGAAUCCUCUCAUGGUUUCUCUUUCCCUCUUGAUCUCCGUUCGAUUCUCCAAACCGGUCUUCCGGUUGGUACCAAUUUUCCCAAUUGGCGAACCGGGUCGAACCGGAAUAAUCUUCUUCUCCCUCUUCUUAAUCUGUCUCAACACGUCGUCAGAAAUGGAUUCUGGGUCGAUUCUUGGGGGAUCCGACCCGGAAAUGACGCGGAGGCUUUGUCACUCGUGAAGAAAUUGAUUGAGAUCGCUCCGGUACUCGUCCCUGUAUACGGCGAUUUUUACGUCCCUUCGACGACGCCAAAUUUGGCGGGAAAUCCAGUUUUCCAAAUCGACGGCGACGGAGUUAGGGAAUUGAGUUGCGACGUAGUCGGAUUUCUCAAGGGAAUCGGUCGAUCAGAAACGCCGACGGAGGAUCGACGACGAAGGAGACGACCACGGAGAGUGGAGUUUUGGAGCGAUGUGGCGGAGGGAUGGAGAUUUGUGGUGGCGCGUGAUUACACGCGCGAUUGGUGGAGCGCGUUAGGUUUUGAGGGGUUAACGGCGUGUUUGGACGACGCGUUUUGGAAGCUGAGGGAAGCAGGAUGGACGGAAGAUGAUGUUCGCGAUAUGAUGAUGAUGGACAGCGUAGAUCAAAACACGUGUAUCCAGCAGCAAACGCAAACGCAAUCGCGGGAUGUGGUGUACGCGUUUGGCGAUGAGGGAAUGAACGAAAGAGAUAGAGACACGUGUACAGAGGACGAGGAUCAUCAGAAAGGCGAAGUAACGACGUUGAGGCAUUUGUUGCUUUAUGAUCGUUUGAUGAGCUAAAUAUUCAUCUAGUUGGGAUAUUAUAGUUCUUGUAAAUUGGUAAAUUGUGUUAGAUGAAAAUUAUUUUCUCGAUACUUUUUUUUCAUGACAUUUUGUUUCGUGGAUUUAGGAGAUUGAUAUUGAGUAUGAUUAUCAUAAAUCUUUUUCUAUCAUAUACUAGUAAAAAUUCUGGAUUUUUGAAUAUUUUUUUGGCUAUAUUAUAUGCUGCAAUGUUAUCG